UGAAGGCAGCAUUUUGCCCACCAGCAGCAGCCAUCCGCAUCAAACACAUUUCAUUCACUGGUCGCUCCGUGGGAACAACAGGCUACCUCCCUCUGUCCUGAUGCUGCACAUCUAUGGGACAAAGGCUACGCAAAAUGAAUCAAACAAAGAGCCAUAAAAUCAACACAACAUCCACAUGGAAUCCUAAUUUGGGGAACAUUGUAAAGACAGCACCUUUUUGUAAUCUGUAUAUGAUCAUUUUGUAUUCUUAUAAGCUAUUUAUUCAAAACUAUUCAGUCCAUAGACAAUAUUCUUAAGUGUUAAGCUGAUGUUCUUCUGUAUUCAGUCAAGAUAUCACCAUUGGCUUGUACGAAUAUUUGGGCACUAACUUUGUUACAGAGAACAGCUGCUGUAAAUAGAUAUGUGGAUUAAACAUGCUCAUAACUAGAGGGGUUCAGGCCGACCCAGUCCCACUGGCAGGGCAGAGUAUUUCUCUCUAGCAGCAGAUCCACUGUGUCCUCAUGUGGCGGUAGAUACUGACUGACUCUUCAGCACAGCCAGGAGCCAACAGAAGCUGCAUCUCCAGCUGCACCAUGACCUCAUCGGACAACGAUGAAACAGGGAGCGAUCUCUCCGAGUCUCUGGAGAUCCUUGACCUCCAGGACCAGUAUAUGGACCCAGAGACCUGCUUCAAGUCCAAAAGUUUACCCAUCCUGAAUGGACCCUGUCAGUCGGAUCCAAAGGCUGAAGGGCUUCGACUGGUCAACACCACCCACACCUGCGUGGCCGUGGAGGAGGGCGUCGAGCUCCAGCCGAAAACCCCAGAAUCCAGCCAGGCAGAGACUCCCUCCUCCAGGACGGACUUCUCCCCCUCUGCCUCCAGCAUUGUGGGACUCAGUAGCUCUUUACCCGUGGAGGGCCACAGGGCCGCCGGCUCUGGGGGUAAAAAACUUGGUUCCUCUCUCACCCGCCUUAUCCACAUCCCGGUCAGGAAGUAUGCCCGGGCGAUCCUGAGGGACUCCCGCUGCUUCCUGUUCUGCAUGUGCUACCUGACCUUCAUUCAGUCCCUGAUGGUUUCGGGCUACCUGAGCAGCGUCAUCACCACCAUCGAGAAGCGCUACAGUCUGCGCAGCUCUGAGUCCGGCCUGCUGGUCAGCUGCUUCGACAUCGGCAGCUUGCUGGUGGUGGUCUUCAUCUCCUACUUUGGCGGCAGGGGUCAAAGGCCGCGCUGGUUGGCUGUGGGUGGUGUGGUCAUCGCCAUAGGGGCAGCGUUGUUUUCCCUUCCCCACUUUAUCUCACCGCCCUACCAGAUCCAGGAGAUGAACUCAUCGAUUGGCAACGAAGGCCUCUGUCAGAGUGGCAACGGCAGCGGGCGUGAGCUCGAUGUUGCAUCGUGCCCUCGUGACCAGGAAGGCAAUGAGCACAACCUGUACGUGACUCUGUUCAUCUGCGCCCAGAUACUGGUGGGCAUGGGGUCAACGCCAAUCUACACCCUGGGGCCCACCUACCUGGACGACAACGUGAAGAAAGAAAAUGCAUCUCUCUACUUGGCCGUCAUGUACGUGAUGGGAGCCCUGGGACCAGCAGCUGGCUACCUGCUCGGAGGCGUCCUCAUCGGCUUCUACGUCGACCCCAAAACCGUAGUCAACAUCGAUCAGAGUGACCCCCGCUUUGUUGGCAACUGGUGGAGCGGCUUUCUCUUGUGUUCGGUAGCCAUGCUUCUGGUCAUCUUUCCCAUGUUUGCCUUCCCCAAAAAGCUGCCCCCACGCCACAAAAAGAGGAAGAAGAAAAAGAUGGGCUCGCCCGGCGACGUGUCCAGCGACGACGACGUGAUGAAGGAAAAGUCCAGUAGCAAAGACCAGAAUGUCACCUCCUCCAUGGGCUUUGGAAAGGACAUCAAAGAACUCCCCAAGGCAGCCCUGAGGAUCCUCAGCAACAAGACCUUCCUGUUCGUCAGCUUGUCCUACACGGCAGAGUGUGCCAUCGUUACUGCCUUCAUCACCUUCAUCCCCAAGUUUAUUGAGUCACAGUUUGGCAUCCCCGCCUCCAACGCCAGCAUAUACACCGGUUUGAUCAUCGUACCCAGUGCCGGGGUGGGCAUCGUGCUGGGGGGCUACAUCAUCAAGAAGCUGAAGCUCGGCGCCAGAGAGUCGGCAAAGCUGGCCAUGAUCUGCAGCGGGGUGUCUCUGCUCUGCUUUUCCACACUCUUCAUAGUGGGCUGCGAGAGCAUCAAUUUAGGAGGCAUCAACAUACCGUACACCACCGGUCCGACCCUUACGAUGACCCACAGGAACCUGACGGGCAGUUGCAACGUGAACUGUGGCUGCAGGAUCCACGAGUACGCUCCGGUCUGCGGCUCUGAUGGCAUUACCUAUUUCAACCCCUGUCUGGCUGGAUGCAACACCGUAGGCAAUGAUAGCACUGGGAUAAGGAACUACACCGACUGCGGCUGUGUUCAGAGCAGACAGGUCAUCACUCCAUCCUCCGGUGGCCAGGUCAACCAGCUCCAACUGGUCAUCGUUAAAACCUACCUGAAUGAAAACGGCUAUGCCGUGUCGGGGAAGUGCGACCGCACCUGCAACACCCUCAUCCCUUUCCUUAUCUUCCUCUUCAUCGUCACUCUCAUCACCGCUUGUGCCCAGCCCUCUGCCAUCAUCGUCACACUCAGGUCUGUUGAUGAACAGGAGAGGCCUUUUGCUCUUGGGAUGCAGUUUGUCUUGCUCCGAACUCUUGCCUACAUCCCCACACCCAUCUACUUUGGUGCUGUGAUCGACACCACCUGCAUGCUGUGGCAGCAGGACUGCGGAGUGCACGGCUCCUGCUGGGAGUACGACGUCACCUCGUUCCGCUUCGUCUACUUUGGUCUGGCGGCCAGUCUCAAGUUUGUUGGCUUCAUCUUCAUCUUUCUCACCUGGUACUCGAUCAAGCAUAAGGAGGAUCGGGCAGAUCGCUGGCGCCAGCACCUGCCUCCUCUGGGCACGGUCAGCGAGCUCAUCUGCCACGCUGGAGGUCACAAAAGCCACGCUCGCACCCGCUCCUGCCCCGUGUUCAUCCCACCUCGGCCGGACCCGCCUGCCGCCCUGCUGCUCCACCGCGGCCACAGCAGCCUCAGCUGCCCCGGCAAUGCCCUCAAAGCAAUAACCCCGCCCAUCGUGUUGCCACAUCACCACAGAGGCACAGCCCAUAUCUGAGAGGUCUCCGAGCGUCCGUCCGGUGGUCAAUUGUGACACGUGCCUUUCUUUUUGUGUUUCUUCAUCACACAGUGUCUGCUUUUACACCAAUCAGACGCCAGGCAGGGCUCCACAGCUGCUGUAGGACAAACAGGCAGAGACACAGGUGCGGCCACCAUAUUUAAAGGGCUGCUCAUUGUAGCUUAUACAGGAGACUGACAAAUGUUCUUUGAUCCUGAGCAUUUCAUCAGCCGCAGCCACGCACAGCAUCCAGACAGAAGGUCAGACCUCCGCUUAAAGGUUGGGAUGAUGUAAAGGCGUCACAUGGUGCUACUGUUAAAAGGGCAGGGCAUUAAAAUCUCUGUACAGAUGAGUCAUCAUCAACACAGCCUCUAAAGCACAACUGACAAACCUGUACUAUGCAAGAUCCUAUGUACAGCUCCUCCCUCUCCAGUACUGUACAGCUCCCCCGUAUUACGUCUGUACCUCUCUCUCCUUCCCCACUCAAUUACUACAUGUUAUUGUCGGCUCAUUCAUAAUUACAUUUUCCCUUCCAGUCUGAGCUGUGAAGACAUCAGCAACCUUUCUUGUAUUUUCCGCCUUUUCUGCCUUUUCUCUUUUCUGGUGUUGUUUGGAUCAUAAGAUCUUUUCUUUUUUGUAACAGUGCCUCUCAGGCUGUCUGGGCCAGUCCAGUACACAAAGCUAGCUCCCAGGGUAAAUGUUAGCUAUCGAAAAGCCAGUCGCUGUCCUCUCAGUUGAGCAACAAUAUUCUGCUUUGUUGCCCUCAGCUUCUGUGUUUGUGGAACAGUCGUGUCCGUGGGACGAAGCUCCUCGCCUUGGCAAGUUUAACUAUGUAGCUUAAAGCCGACCAGCACCAAUGGUACAGUCUUUAAUGACUUCUAUAUUUCCUUACACACCACACUACUUUACUAUCAUAAUGUUUAAUAAUUAGGCAAAAAGGAGAAGGGAAUAAGAAAAGGUAACUCAUCUCUGACCAUGUGCUAAAGCUACUGUGUCCAAUAGAUGUGAUUGUACUUGAAAUUGGAAAUGCGAUGGAGAUUUUAAAGAAAGUGGCAAAACCUCAACUAAUUUGACCCACUUGCAAACACAACUUCUUCAAAGUGAUAUUAUUUGUAUCUUAUCUAUUGCAGCAACCAUCAACAAAUGAAAGGAUGCAUCAUUUUGGCUCUAGUAUUGUAAUGGCUUCUCCAUUUUAAUGGUCAUCAGAUGUACAUAGUAGUUAUCUAAUAGUCUAGGCUUUUAAGAAAGUAGUGCAGCAAGCAUGUAAAACAAUGAUCCCCUUUUAUCAGCAGGAGUAAUUGGAUGUUGAUUUAGUUCCUGGGUGUUUGGGGCCCUCUAGUGGACAAAGAGGUGAUUGCGUGAAAGCCAGUGAAUGUUGCCGUUUGUCCUACUGUGCUAUGAAAUUCUUGGUUAAAAGGUUAACUAUUAAACUUAGUCACUGCACGGAAAUUAAGCACACCAGCUUCACAAUCAUAUACCCUGUGCAGGUUAUGUGACUAAAUCCAGUCUGUUAUUUGGUGGUCAACUCUCCAACAUUCGGUUUAACCUAUGCCAUGUUUUAGUCCAAUUAUCAACUUUUCUUUUAAUUUGGGCUCAUGUUAUUUUCUUAAGUGUCUUAAAGAUUCACCUCCCUUUGAAUAGGACAGGAAGUGUUUGCAUAGAAAUGGAAGAGGUGGAAAUAUGGCAUUUUUUUUGUGUUUAAAAAGGCACAUUUUAUAUAGUAUUUUUUUCUGAGGG